AUGGACGCAUCUUUACUCUCUGAAUUCCUUAAAACUGCUGGCCAAACCAUCACUUGUAAGGCUGCUGUAGCUUGGGAAGCUAACAAACCUUUAGAUUACACUGACAUUUAAGUUGCUCCUCCUAAGAAAGGAGAAGUUCGUAUUAAAGUUUUUGCAAAUGCUCUUUGCCAUACUGAUAUUUACACCUUAGAAGGACACGAUCCUGAAGGUCUUUUCCCAAGCAUUCUUGGUCAUGAAGGUACAGGUAUUGUUGAAAGUAUUGGUGAAGGAGUUACUUCUGUUAAGCCUGGUGAUAUUGUUAUUCCUUGCUACACACCUGAAUGCAGGGAAUUCUCUUGUAUUUAUUGUAACAAUGAAAACACUAACCUUUGUCCUAAGAUUAGAGCCUUCUAAGGAAAGGGUUUGAUGCCUGAUGGUACAAGCAGAUUUUCUAAGGAUGGUAAAACUAUCUAUCACUUUAUGGGGUGUUCUAGUUUCUCUGAAUACACAGUUGUUGCUGAAAUUUCUUGUGCUAAAGUUAGCGACAAGAUUGAUGUUAACCAAAUGUGUCUUUUGGGUUGUGGUAUCAGCACUGGUUGGGGUGCUGCAAUUAAUACUUGCAAAGUAAGACCUGGAUCAACAGUUGUCGUAUUUGGUCUUGGUGCAGUUGGUUUAGCAGUAGUUCAAGCUGCUAAAAUUAAAGGAGCAAGAAAAAUUGUUGGUAUUGAUCUUAACAGUGAAAAAUUCACUUUAGCUAAAGAUUUCGGUUGCACUGAAUGCUGGAAUCCUAAAGAGUUGGACGGUAAGACCAUUAAGGAACACCUUAUUUCCUUAGAACCUUGGGGUUAUGAUUUCACAUUUGAUUGCACUGGUAUCACUGCUGUUAUGAGAGAUGCUUUAGAAAUUGCUCACAGAGGAUUUGGUGAAAGUUGCGUUAUUGGUGUUGCUGCUUCUGGUCAUGAAAUUUCUACUAGACCAUUCUAAUUAGUUACUGGUAGAUAAUGGAAAGGAACUGCCUUUGGUGGAUGGAAAAGCAGAACUGAAGUUCCCUAAUUAGUUUAACAAGUAUCUACUGGGGAAUUGCCAAUUCAAAAAUACAUUACUCAUGAAAUUAAGGGCUUACAAAAUGUCAACUAAGCUAUUGAUGCUUUACACUCAGGAAAAUGCUUGCGUGCAGUUGUUCAUAUCAACGAAAGACCUGAUUUCAACAAAGAAUAGGUAUCAAAGUUAGUCCCUCGUGUUUAUUCUAAUGCAAGAAGUCAUAAUGGAUGGGUAAAGAGAGUAAAGCAUUAUUCUGAAUCUCUUUAAUGCGAAAUGCAAUUUUCAAUUUACAUCCCUGAUAAGAAGUCUCGUAAUGCUUAACUUCCCCCUGUUCUUUAUUAUCUUAGUGGACUUACUUGCACUGAUGAAAACGCUUUGGUAAAAUCUGGCUUCUAAAGAUAUGCCUCUGAACUCGGUAUUGCUGUUGUAUUCCCUGACACCUCACCUCGUGUUGAUAUUGAAGGUGAUAACGAAAGUUGGGACUUUGGUAAAUCAGCUGGAUUCUACUUAAAUGCUACUUAAGAAAAAUGGAGAAAGAACUACAAUAUGUUCACCUAUAUCUCUGAAGAAUUACCAAAAUUGAUUGGAGAAUUCUUCCCUGUUGAUGUAAGCAGAGCUGGUAUUACUGGUCACUCUAUGGGUGGUAUGGGAGCUCUUAACAUAUUCUUAAAGAACCCAGGUAAAUAUUUGAGUGUCUCUGCCUUUGCUCCUAUUUGCAAUCCCACUUAGUGCCCUUGGGGAGUUAAGGCUUUCACUAACUAUUUAGGCUCUGUAGAAGCUGGUAAAUAGUAUGAUCCAACUGAACUUAUUGUUUAAUAUAAUGGUCCCAAGGCUAAGAUUUUAAUUGAUCAAGGUACUCAUGACUCAUUCCUUUACAAUUAACUUCAUCCUUAAAAUUUCUUAAAGGCUGCAUCUUCAGUUAAUUACCCUGUUGAAUUCAGAUAUCAAAAUAACUAUGAUCACCUCUACUUCUUUGUAGAGACCUUCAUGGGAGAUCAUUUCAAGCACCAUGCUUAAUAUCUUCUUAGAUGA